AGUGAUCGCAAUGAUUUUCGAACAUCGACAAUCUCUCGAUCUCUCGAUUUCUCUUUUCACGAGCAUCGAUCUUUAUCGUUGUCGAUAAUGUGUACGUAAGGAACGACUGUAAUGGCUGUAUACUUUGGAGGGGAGAAUAGAGGAGCCAAAACGAGGUUAGACGACACGAGACUGCUUCUUGAGGAAAGUCAUCAGUAAUAGUUGGGAUGGCACUUGUUGUAUGAACGAUCGGUGUGCUUCUCGAUCGAUCGUCAGAUCGAUCGCGAUAUUAUUUAUCGUCGAGUGAUUUUCAUGUUAUUGGAAAAAUAAAAUAAAUCGCGUUAAGGAGCUUUACCCGGCGUACACGUGGAAAAUUGUGUCGAGUAGGAAUACGCGUUCGUUUAUACCUAUUUAUAGUGCGUUAUCUGAUUCCGUUCUAUGUGUUUCUCUAGGUGAACCGAGUGAAUUAAUAAAAUAGUGUACGUGCGUGUGUAAACAUGAGCGUUUGGUUUCUUAAGUUUAAAUUAUUGGAACAGGAUCAAGACAAAUUCUCUUCGUUUUUUAUCUUCUCUUUUCACAAAAGUAUCAUUUUUUAUAAGCAAAAAGGUCCUCGUAAGGCUUUAAAAUGAUCCUAUAUCCUUUAAUAAAUAAGAUUAUCCAAAAGAAUGACGAAUUUAUUUAGUGAUUUCUGGUAAAAACAAAAACAAAUAUUUCCAUAGAAAACGAUUAAAGUGUGUGCACGGUGAUUGAAAAUUUCGUGUAUUCCUAAAGGAAGUAAUUCAUCUUGGAGGAGCGGAAAUAUGAGUGUCAUGGUGGACGAUAGUACGUGACCAUUUCUUCUCGCAGGGCAUGCAACGUUUCGAUAACGAAGAGACACGAUGAUGAUCCUCGUUCGAUGAUUUUUUACUACAGCAGCAUCCUGGAAUAAAGUCUAUCUUUCCCUUAAUCGUGUAAAAUGCAAGCGUUUAGCAGACUCGCCUCUGGAAAUGUGUUCAAGAAGAAGGCAGGUUUCGUAUUGAGAAUGUUUCUACGAACAAAGUGUCAGGAGGUCCUCCACAUGGCAAUGCCUCACCUCCACCGACACUCAUCAACAAAGUCAAGUAUCAACCUGGUGGGCCUGUAAUCAAAAAGGAUAAAAGACAAAGCAGCUCGAGAUUCAACAUAUCAAAGAACCGAGAACUUCAGAAGCUACCGCUCUUGGCAGAGACACAACAAGGCAAUGAAAGGGAAGAACUUUUCAUACAGAAGUUACGUCAGUGCUGCGUACUCUUUGACUUUGAGUCUGAUCCAUUGUCAGACUUAAAAUGGAAGGAGGUAAAGCGCACGGCGCUUCAUGAAAUGGUCGAAUUUGUUACCAAAAAUAAAAAUGUUAUUACCGAAGCAAUCUAUCCAGAAGCAGUGAAUAUGUUUGCUGUGAAUUUGUUUCGAACACUUCCACCAUCUUCGAAUCCAAACGGUGCUGAAUUUGAUCCGGAAGAAGAUGAACCUACUUUGGAAGCGGCAUGGCCUCAUUUGCAAUUAGUAUAUGAGUUCUUUCUAAGAUUGUUGGAAUCUCAAGAUUUCCAACCAUCUAUUGCACGACGUUAUAUAGAUCAAAAGUUUGUUUUACAAUUAUUAGAAUUAUUUGAUUCUGAAGAUCCUCGGGAAAGAGAUUUCCUUAAAACAACUCUUCAUAGAAUCUAUGGAAAGUUUCUCGGUUUAAGAGCAUAUAUCAGGAAACAAAUAAAUAAUGUUUUUUAUCGAUUUAUAUAUGAAACUGAACACCAUAAUGGUAUCGCCGAACUUCUUGAAAUUUUAGGAAGCAUUAUAAACGGUUUCGCAUUACCAUUGAAAGAGGAACAUAAAGUUUUUCUUUUAAAAGUGCUAUUACCUUUGCACAAAGCUAAAUCGUUAUCAGUUUAUCAUCCACAAUUAGCAUAUUGCGUCGUUCAAUUUUUGGAAAAGGAUCCAUCUUUGACAGAACCCGUAAUUAGAAAUUUAUUGAAAUUUUGGCCAAAAACACAUUCUCCCAAGGAAGUCAUGUUUCUUAAUGAAUUGGAAGAAAUUUUAGAUGUAAUAGAACCAGCUGAAUUUCGAAAAGUACUGGACCCGUUGUUUAGACAAUUAGCAAAAUGCGUUUCGUCUCCACAUUUUCAAGUUGCUGAGAGAGCCCUUUAUUAUUGGAACAAUGAAUACAUAAUGUCGUUGAUAUCAGAAAACUAUUCUGUGAUUUUACCGAUCAUGUAUCCGGCUUUCUACAGAAAUUCACGAAAUCAUUGGAAUAAAACGAUUCACGGUUUAAUUUAUAAUGCAUUGAAGCUAUUCAUGGAGAUGAAUCAAAAAGUAUUUGAUCAGUGUACUAAUCAGUACCAUCAGGAUCGUCAAAGAGAACGUAAGCUUAUGAAAGAUAGAGAUGAAGCGUGGAUGCGCGUAGAAGCGUUAGCAAUGAGACAUCCACAUUAUAAUAUGGCAAUUACUACUAAAAGUACACCGAACAUUCCAUACAGUUUGACGCAACAUUUAGAUAGUCCUCCACCCGAUGAAGAUGGUGACACGGAUCAAACUCCGCUUACUUUAGAAAAGAUCGAAGCUAAGGCAAACGAGGCGAAAAAAAUAACAAAUGUGAAUACAAUGAAACCACUUCUACGAAGGAAGAGCGAUAUACCACAAGACUCCUACACAAUACGGGCAUUGUCUGAUCACAAGCGAGCUGACGAAUACCUUGUAACACCGCCCGAUCCGAAUAAUUGCUAGUCCUUACCCUAUUCUCUUCCGAUGUAUCCCCUAUUUUGUUGUAGUAAAAUCACAAGUUAGCUCUUUUCGGGAGAUGGAAAAACGGCGAUAACAUAACCUUGGCAGUUAAAUCUGCCUUAGAGAGCCUUAUUGUGCGGAAUCAAUAACACUUAACGUAUAUUAGAAUUUUGUUUGCUCGUGUUAGAGAAAAUAUUUUCCUCUUGUUACUCCCUUAGAUUAUGAGAAUGUGGAGAUUCGCAUGAGAGUAAUAAUGUCCAUUUGAUGCAUGUAGAUCACUUAUUUCCUUUCUCGAUACAGACCGUGCUAAUUUAAGAAGUUGUUAAAAAGGACAAAAAAAAUAUUAAAAAUGUGUAUUGUUCGAGGUAAAAAUGCGGUAAACGAAGGGCUCUAAAUUCAUUAGUCAUGAAAUAUUUAGCACAAAGGCAUUUAAAAUGCUAGUUUAUGCUCUAUAUAUAUAUAGUAUGCUCUAUAUAUAUAUAUACACACACAAACACCACAUACAUACACAUACACAUACACACAAAAGAUAUAUAUAGUAUCAUUGGUAUAAAUGACAUUAUUAAUGCUGUGGUUUUCAUGAACUUGGUAUAUUCUAGGAAAGAUUUUAUACAAACGAGGAUACGGAAGACGGAAGGAGCAGUAUCAUCGAUAACGUUUUACUCGGUGUUAUCAUUAAAUUAUGCUAAGCGAAGCGAGCUUGUUGUGUUAAUAACUAAGAUAAAUGAAGUUUUACGUUUACGUGUACAUGGUGUAAAAUAAUUUAUAUUCUCGCUUUAACACUUCCGGCUCGUAUUAGAGCAGAGAAAAACGCCAGACAUUAUUACCUUAGGGUGUAUACGACAGUGCUAUUUUAGGAUAUCGAUCACUAUAAAUCCGAAUACUUCUACGUGUACUACUACUAUUACUAUUAAUACUAUUACUACUAUUCUAUUACCGCUAAUAUUACUAUCAUUACUACUACUAUUACUAUUACGAUUACGACUACUUUUGUAUCUGUUGUGCCUAGAUGCCUGUGGAAUAAAUUCACAGAAAAGCGCCUCUGCUAAGAAUGAUUGUUGUAAGAAACAUUAUAAGAGCCAUGCGGCGAGUUACAUUUGCUUUUUGCUAAUAUCAUUAAUCGGUAAUAACAAAAUUUUCGAAUAUAGCUUGUGUAAUAUCGCGUUUGUAAACUCGUCGCACUUAUGAUUGUUAGAUGAGAAAAAAAAAAAUAAGAAGAAACAAAAAGUGCAGAGGUUAUUACGGCUAAAAGAAUAAUAAAAUCUAGCGAGAAAGAAAUAGAAAGAGCAGGAACGAAGGGGAAAGAGAAAGAGAGAAAAAAAAUUAUAAAAUAAGAUACAUUUAGAACUUCGCGCUGCUGGCAGGCUGUUACGUUUAAUAUUAUCGAUAAAUACGUUGUUGAACAUAUAUAAGCGCUCGCGCUGAAAUAUUAGGAAGUUGAUGCUAAAAAAAAAGAAAAAAACAAAAAACAAAAAAUGCUGUAAGUUCAUUGUUUCACUAUUAUUUUUUUUUUCGAAGGAAUGGCCACUUUGUCUAAUGUUUAUCGAUGAUACAAUAAUUAUUACUAUUAUUACUAUUAUUAUUAAUAUUAUUAAUAUUAUUAUUAUUAUUAUUAUCAUUAUUAUUAAAACUUAUUGUUAUGUUAUUUUUAGUAUAAAUGAUAAGACGUAGCAUGGUGUUAGUGCCCAUAUUGACGCCACCCGGCAUGCCUAAAGAAUUUAUUUGUUUUUUUAAUAAUUACGUGGUCUCAGUGUGGACAUACAUACAUACAUACAUACAUACAUACAUACAUACAUACAUACAUACAUACAUACAUAUAUAUAUAAAAUUAAAAAGAAACUGUUGAAAGUA